AUGAUCAUUGCUUUAGCUGCACAAAAGCAUUGGAAGAUAUUUCAGAUGGAUGUGAAGUCAGCAUUCUCGAAUGGAGUAUUGGAAGAAGAAGUUUAUGUAGAGCAACCAGCUGGCUACAUUAUGGAGGGGAAGGAGAAUGAAUGUUUGUAUGUGGAUAAUCUCAUAUUUACUGGAAAUAGUUCUGAAAUGAUCAAUGAAUUCAGGGAGGAUAUGAUGAAGGAGUUUGAGAUGACAGAUCUUGGUUUGAUGUCUUACUUUCUUGGUAUUGAAGUACAACAAACUGAGAGAGGAGUUUUUAUUAAUCAACAAAGAUAUUUGGCUGCUACAAGACCUGAUAUCAUGUAUGCGGUUGGGUUGGUUAGUAGGUUUAUGGAAUCUCCUAGACAAUCACAUUUACAAGCUGCAAAACGUAUUCUGAAGUAUGUAAAAGGAACAACAAGCAUGGGAAUCUUUUAUACUAUCUCAGAAGAUCCAAAGUUGGUUGGUUUCACUGAUAGUGAUUGGGAUGGAGAUACGGAAGGAAGAAGAAGUACAUUAGGUUAUGGAUUUCAGUUUGGAACUGGAUUUUUCUCUUGGUCAUCUAAGAAGCAACAAGUUGUUGCAUUAUCUACAACAGAAGAUGAGUAUAUAACUGCUAGAAAUUGUGCUACACAGGCUGUAUGGUAA